AUGGGUGUGUAUGGGGGCGGAUGGCCGGUUGUGCUUUUGGUUGUGUGUGUGUUGAAGAGGAAGACUAACCCCCCUGUUCCCGAGUACGACCAACUUCUGCAUGCCCUAGCCAGGAGAUGGCUGGCCAAUUCUGUUCGUUUGACGGGGGACAGAGGAGCAGACCAGCAACCCGCUCAACAACGGGAAGGGGACAAGAGAGAACCGCAACCGCGCACAAAGGGGCAAAGGGGACUAGAGGACAGACAGCAAAACCGCGCAACAAGGGAGGGGGGACAGAGGAGCCAGACCAGCAACCGCGCCACAACGGAAAGGGGGGACGGGAUCAGACCAGCACCCCGCAACAAAGUGAAGGGGGACAGAGGAGCCGCAGCAACCGCAACACGGAAAGGGGCAGAGGAGCAGAAACCAGCAACCUCUCCCAAAGGGGGAAGGGGGGGCAGGGGGGAUCAUCUACCAUCAACCUCUCAACAACGUCGGCUACUAAAUCACCAUGGCAACCUGAGGCUAAAACAAGGAAUCCUAGAAAGUGCCGAAGAUCUACUGAAGGAGGCACUGGACUGUGUGACUAGCUGUGGAAACCUAGCAACGAGGGCCACAAUCCUCUACAAUCUGGGCACUCUUAGGGCUGAGCAGUUUGAGUUCUUACUGGGAGAAAGCUGUCUCCGUCAGUCUCUACUGAUACGAGAACAGUGGUAUGGACGUACACAUCCUCUGGUGGCGGACAUCUUAUAUGCCCUGGCAGGCAUUAUGGGAAAUCCUAAAAAUAUUCGAGGUUAUGACAAGGUGGCAGCUGAAACUGUUUACAGACGUUCAUUGGAGAUUAGAGAAUCCUGUCUGGGCACUACUCAUUUAUUGGUGUCCGACAUUCUCAUAGAAUUAGCCAAAUUGAUUCAGGAAGAAUCAAGCCAGGGGGCUAAGGGUGAAUCGGUCAAGUUAUUACAAAGAGCUCUGGACAUCAAGACUACCCAUCUAG